AUGUCCAAUCCAGAGCUACAAACUGCGGCUUCGAUCAACACUAUACCUCCAGAACUUCUCUGCCGUAUAUUUAACUUUCUGUUUCCGGCCAGACGUCCAGAUGAACUGACUGCUGCUCGCGUUGAUGACAUCCGCUCUCUGCGCUUGACAUGCCGACGUUUCUGCCAAUGGGCCUCACCGCUGCUUAUCCCGGAAAUUAGUGUUUCUAUGACUGAGCCGUCUCUGGAGCGCUUGAAGAAUGUUUCUGGUCACCAAUUGAUCAGCUCUGGGGUACGCAGCGUUCACGUCAAGCUCCCAUAUUACGAACAACGCAUGGCAGCCGACCUCACUCAAUUUGCCUAUUCUCACAUCGCAGGUAUGAGUCAACAUCUUGGCCAGCUUAAAGAUGUAAUCUCGGGUAAACUGCACGAGAGGGUAUCCUACAACCUGUCCGAUUGGGUCAAUUACGAAGUAAUUCAAUUGGGCAAGAAUCUGAUAUCUGCUUGGAACUCAAUCUAUACCACAAAUUCAGAAGGCUCGCAGCGGGACUCGGAUGAACACGUCACGUAUCGGAAAAUCCUAACAGAUGCCCAUCGUGAAUAUCAGCUUUUGUUUGAAGCGCAACAGCAAAUGCGAGAGAAUGGGGUAUUCCUCUCCACAAUUGCAUCCGCCUUGGCGAAGAUGCCUCAUGCCGAUAGGCUAAAAAUCACCGAUGGCCAAGAUCCCUAUCACAAGGAAGAUGGCUACCUCAUCAACCGAGACUACCGCAAAUCUAUACGAGCAGUCAUGCUGAGCCCUCAUACCUGGUCAGACGCUUCAGAACUCUACCCCGACCCUGAUUUCGAACCACCAGUCGAGUUCUUACACAGGCUUCCGGUUGCGAUACACAGAGCGGGAGCAAGCUUGCGAGAGGUGAAAUUCAAGUGUUCUGCGCCUUGUAGCUACGCCAACCUCUCCAUGUCUCCCUCUGAACGAGUUUCACUCGUCGAAUCGCUUCAGAACUUGCAAACGCUUAUUAUUGAAGCAGCUGGGAAAGAAGCCAUGUCAGGAUGGUUUUUCGACCAUCAAGAGGACGCGAUGGCUUUAGUUUCAGACUUCCUCUCUGCACUUCUCCAGUCUUCUGGUGUCGAGGAUCUCACCAUAUCUUCUUUCAAUUUACGCAGUUUAAAUGAACUCCUCACCGGAGCACAUAACCAAUCUCUAAAACGCCUACAUCUGGUCGGUGCUAGGUUGAGAGCUGGCAUACUCGGAGAAUACCUGGCCCGCGUUAAAGGUCCAUGUGAUGUUGUCUUGGAACAAGUGGAAAUACUUGGUGGGAGAUGGGCAGACCAAGCUGAUGAGCUGCGGAGUCUGUCAAGGGCCUCGACUACAGUUAUCCAGCCCUUUGGCGACGAGUUUCGUCGUGGUCGGGCUACAAACGUGUGCAAUGCUGAUGAGGAGAGGAUGCUUAACAAUUACCUCCAGAGGGCAAGUUCUGUCAACCCUCUCAGAAAUAGAAACAUCUAG